CACAAUUUUAUUGGAACUUAUUGACAAAAAAAUUUUCCAAGCGAAAUUUCAACCAACGUGAGAUAUAAAUCCAGCCUAAGUCUAGCCCAUUUUCCUUUAGGAGAAUUGAAAAUUGAAAUUUAUUCUUUGGAGCGGUAUUACACAGCUUGCGUUAUGGAAGAUGGCUCUGAAUCUCUGAGAAACAGUAACUGGAAUGUGAGAAAACAAGCAGUCGCUUCUCGGCGACACGUCGAGCUUGUCGGAUUUUCAGAGACGCUGUCAGAAAUGUAUAAUAGCGUCCUCCAUUAUGUCAUGGAGCUAUACCGAAAUGACAGGGAAUGUCAGUAUUCUUGGCAACACUUUAGAAGUGCAGCAGAUAGACUGGCUGAGAUGCAUAAAUUUGUAAAACUCACAAUACUUAAGACAUAUGAAAUUGGGAUUGUCGAGGGAGCGGCUUCUUUUUCUUCCGAUUUCUUCGAAAAAAUACGUGAUGUACAGCUUCAAACAGGAAACGAGAAUAUCCCAUUCGACUACCUCCGACAGUAUCUUUCCAGGCCAGAUGAUCCUCCACCGAAGUCUUUGCGGCGUAUCAAACGUGUGGCUGUCCGCCGACGGUCAAGACCUAUACACAAUGUUAGGGAGAUGGUUGAACACCACAUUAGCCUGACGGAUAUAAACCGUAGACAGACUGAAACAGGCUCUUCAUCUUAUGCUCAACAGUCCACAACAGGACAGUGGGAGGCAGGAAAUAAACAGUCAAAUUGGACUGAUAUACAAAACACAUCAUCACCUUUGUACGCUGAUACAGAGGUUGACUGUCGUAGUGAAGACAGUAUAACGUCACAGAGUAGUUGUAGUUGUGAUGAGUAUUCAACAGAUACCUCAAUUUCAACUCAAGAAGAUGAUGAAGAUGAAAGUGAUCCUGUAGCCACAUAAUUACAACAAUCCAUAACCUGAUAGUUUAUAUAGUUUUUGCUUUCUUCUUUGAGGCUCAGCAUGGUUUACAUAUAAGCUCGUAAAGUGCCUGUUUGACUGAGCUAUGGUUUUAUAAACCGAUAUGUUAAACUGAUCUCUUCAAUCUUCAACGUAUUCCAACAGCUUUCUUGUAGGUUUUUCCUGUCCUAACAACUUGGUUGUGUGAUUAUGCUUCAUGGUGUUGUACACUUUCCUAUAUGCCUUUACUUAUAUUUUGUUGUUUUCUUUUUCUUUGAAUGUAUAUGAAAAUGUAUUCCUUUGUUUAAUUAGUUAACAGUGAGUCUUUCUUCAUGUCAUUUAUUUUUGUAAACAAAGAACUAUCGCACAUUUGUGUAUGACCAACCUCAUGUUUGAGCCCAUAUUUUUGCUACUCUGAUAUUUACGCUUACUGAGUAGUCGCUUGUCUUUUUUCUGGAUUGACUGUCAAAUCAGUUAUGUGAAUAUCUAUAUAUGUGAUGUGUAUAUCUCUUAUUGGAAUUUCAGUCUUACGUUUUUCGUUUUCUUCCCAAACUUUAUCCACAUGUAUACAACAUAUGUAUGUGUGAUUGUAUUUUGGAAUUAAAUAAUUUCACUAAAGUGAACGUGGAAAUUAUCCCGAAUAUUUAUAUUUAAAUAAAAUCAUCAAAAUAAAAUGGGGA